CAACAAUUAUUGAGUGAACUCGCGGAAUCAGACAUCUUGGGUGGUUCCGGUUGUUUCUUCGCCCCAAAAACCAUCGACAAAUCUCAAACGGCUGAGCACUUGUCGCAAACUACAGUACAUUUACUAUACCAGAUCAGUCUAUUUUGGGUUGCCUUGUUCCUUCACCGACGUCAUCCUAACUGCUGCAAUGGCCUCCUCCAGCACCGACAAGGGCGCAGGGCCGCUCAAGACUCCCAUUGCCGCUCCUCUCAGCACAUGCACGGUCCCGGAGCAGACACCCCUGACGGCUGAGCAGGAGACCAAAUACAGCUGGCUGCUGGAACAGAUCAAGGAGUGGAAGGAUGUGCCCUCGCAGAAGGACAAGGAGUAUGCCGGGCCGCUCACCGACAGCGAGCGCAUGUGGCUGACGCGGGAGUGCCUGCUGCGCUACCUGCGCGCGACCAAGUGGCACGAGAAGGAGUCGGAGAAGCGCAUCCGCGACACCCUCGCCUGGCGCCGCGAGUUCGGCGUCGAGCGCCUCAGCUUUGACCACAUCUCGCCCGAGCAGGAGACGGGCAAGCAGGUGAUCCUGGGCUACGACAACGAGGGCCGCGCCUGCCACUACCUCAACCCGGGCCGCCAGAACACGGAGCCCUCUCACCGCCAGGUCGAGCACCUCGUCUUCAUGCUCGAGCGCGUCAUCGAGCUCAUGCCGGCCCAGCGCGACAAGCUGGUGCUGCUCAUCAACUUCAAGACGAGCAAGAGCCGCUCCAACACGGCCCCGGGCAUCGGCCAGGGCCGCGAGGUCCUCCACAUCCUCCAGACCCACUAUCCCGAGAGGCUGGGCCGUGCCCUGAUCGUGAACGUGCCCUGGGUUGUUUGGGGCUUUUUCAAGCUCAUCACGCCCUUCAUUGACCCCUUGACCCGUGAGAAGCUCAAGUUCAACGAGGAUAUGCGCCAGUAUGUCCCCGCCGACCACCUGUGGGCCGAGUUCAACGGGGCCCUGGAGUUUGACUACGACCAUGCCACGUACUGGCCUGCCCUGCAGAAGAUGUGCGAGGAGCGCCGCGCCGAGAGGGAGCGCAGGUGGGGCGCGGGUGGGAAGCAGAUCGGCGAGCUUGAGGACUACCUCAGUGGGCACGUUGCCCAGGGCGUCGCGCCGGCCGGCUCCGCUGCCGCCGAUGCCCCUGCCCCUGCCCCUGUUGCCGCUGAUGUAGUGGUGGCAGCCCCGGCCUUGUCCUCUAAGCCGGCAGGAGACCUAAUGGACGAGAAGAAGGCCGGCGAGGACCAGGUCGAGGAUCUGCAGGUGGGCGAGCUGAAGGUCAUCUGAGAAGUGAUGACAAUCCCCGUGAGCCUCAUUCACAGGAAGCCACAAGCGCAAACGGGAGCCAGGCCGAGACCACAGUACCAUAUACCUUAAUAAGCGACGACUGCAUCGGAAUCAUUCUAAUGAGGGGCCAGGGACAUUGAUAGAUAGACUGUUUCUAGACGUUUGGCAUGUUUCAAAUUCGAAUACAGUACUUUUGCGAUAUAGAAGCCUCUUUAAAAUGUAGCUACAAAGAUGUGAUCAAUCCAG